GUGUGUGUGUGUGUGUGUGUGUGUGCGCGCGCGCGCUUAUCAGUGUCGCAAAUACAGUGUGUGUGUGUGUGUGUGUGCGCGCGCGCGCGUGCUUGUGUGGCCAUAAGAGUAACAGGCAGGGUGGUUCCCAGAGAAGUGAAGAACCGGAAGAGAGUCUUGAACGCACCGUUGUAGGUCUAGAAGUGAAGACCAGAGGCUCCGAGUCGCGCUGGAGGGGAAGCUGCGAUGGGAGUGGAAUAGAAGUGAGGGACAAGCCCAUCCGCCAGGCAGCAGCAGCUGUCGCACAGCAUCAGCAAUUAGACAGCGCCAAAAAACAUAAAGGGAGAGCCGGAAACGAGCGAUACCGAAAGAAGAAGAAGAGGGAAAACAAGGCUUCUCUCAUCCAAUACAAGUCUGACUGGCGACCUAAUAGGAGGCUUCUUGUGUCAGCGACAUGGGAAAGUGUGGCUCUAAGCAGUUUGCUGAUGAGGUGUUGCAAAGCCAUAAUGAGUACAGGAAGAGGCACCAGGCGCCGCCGCUGAAGCUUAGCAGCAAGCUCAGCAGGGAUGCAGCCCGCUAUGCUGAAAGCCUGGCUAGCACGCGGAUCCUGAAGCACAGCGUGGAGUCCAGUAGAGGAAACUGUGGAGAGAACUUGGCGUGGGCCUCCUAUGAUCAACCAGGGAAGGAUGUGGCAGACCGCUGGUACGACGAAGUGAAACAGUACAAUUUUAACCGCCCUGGGUUUUCCUCUGGCACCGGCCAUUUCACCGCCAUGGUGUGGAAGAGCAGUACCAAGUUGGGCGUGGGCAAGGCCAUCGCGUCAGACGGCUCCUCUUUCGUGGUGGCGAGGUACUUCCCGGCGGGCAACGUCACCAACCAGGGACACUUUGAGAACAACGUCCUCGCAGCCAAGGCCACUUAGAAAGUUUGACCCAAGGCAACAAACACUGAUUCAGCUCCCGCGCGCCCCCCCACCCCCCAAAAAAAGACGCUGAAGCUGCUGUCAGAGACUGCCCACUACACGAUACCACUCAGGAGAGCCCCUCCUCCCACCCCCCCACCCCCACCCCCACCCCGCUGUCCCUCAUGCACUUGCAUGUGAUCUGAAAGAAACCUGUGAGUGUGACAUUCAGGAGGACACAACCGCUAAUGUCUGUCUUUGCUAACCAGCGUUUGCAGCGGCCGCGGGGGGGUUUGCACAAGCGGCGCCCGGCGGCGAGUUCGCCCGUGCGUUACUUCAUACACGCUGACGCGUCUUCACGUGCUUAAACGAGUCGUCGUCGUCGUCGUCGUCGUCCGUCCGUGGUUGUGCGGCAGUGGGAGCUGCGGGUGGACACCUCCGCCGCCGAGAGACGACCCGGGAAGUCAGCGAGUCGGUCCGCGGCCUGUGUUUGCCUCUUUCGCACUUCUCUAAACAAACCUUGUUUUCAUGGCUUCCUUCCCAGGUGUGUGUGUUCUUUUUUUUAUAUCCUAACCAAGUUUAAACAAUAAAAGUGUGUGGUUGU